AUGGCAAACAGCACGCACCACAACAUGGAAGCCACGUUCACCGACAACGAGAAGUGGACGACGGGUGACUUUGAGCUCAUCUCGUCGGACAAUGUCCGGUUCUGGGUCGAGACGUACGAGCUCCAGGCCGCUGGUGGUGCCUUUCGCGACAUGGCAGGAGUCGGGAACGGCACCAAGGCGCUACACUUCACGGACAGCCUCAUCGAGACGGCUGAUGUGCUCAACUCCUUUCUCGAGUUGAUUACGACCUGCAGCCUGGACUCUGGCAACCUUGAAAUUACAGUACACCUGGUCGAGUUUCUAAGCAAGUACGACUGUGAAAAGCACAAGACGGUGCUGUUGAACAGCCUGAAGGCGUGCCUGCCGCUCUCCUCCCCGGACCAAAGCUUUCUGAGCGUCUUCACAAUCGGGGCCGUUCUUGAUAACGAGGAGCUGUGCGAAUUCGUUGUUGAGUUUGGCUCGUACGGCUCUUGGUCGGCGGAUGACGACGACGGUGAAGUGGACGACAGUUGCAGCUUUCACGUUGAGGUCAGCAUCUGGAACUCUCAAGCCAUGCCGUAUGACAUGUGGCGCCUCAUUCCAGGACCAUACCUCUGGGCGUUGGAACGCACAUAUCUCACGUGCAAGGACGACCCGUCUGCCCUUUCCAAGACGUUCGUCCAGAUGCUCAAGGUGGCCAAGGCAACGCGCAACGCGUCUUCCUCCAUCCCACUGGCUCUACUCAACUUUACUCUUAUCACCACACACAUCACCAUGCCGCAAGACGACAACACCGACCCGCCCACCAUAGUCGACGAUCGCCGUUUCACGAGUGGCGACUUCGCGAUCAUCAGCUCUAACAACGUCCGCUUCCGCACCCAUACCUACAACCUCCAGUACGCGAGCUCCGUCUUCCGCGACAUGCUGUCUACAGCGAGCGGUACCAUGGAGAUACACCUGACCGACAGUGCGAUGGAAAAGGCAGCCACUGUUCGUCGCUUUCUCCAGCUCGUCACCACAGGCGACCUUGAGGAAGAUCCCAACGUCUACACUGUAUCGACCGUCAAGCUUGUCCAAUUCCUCAAGAAGUACGACUGUCAAUCCAUGCUCAAGGUACUGCUUCGACGCACCAUGGUAGAGUUCCCGCCACAGGCUUACGCGACUGGUAUCUAUGCCUUCAUGAUCGGAGCCGCCGCCGAUGACAUUAACUUUUGCGUGGCCUCCAUGGAGUGCGACCUUCAUCUGAAAUGGGAGAGGGAUGAGGACGCCGACAAGGAUGGAGACGAGGCCGAGGACCAGGACGAGGACGAGGACGACGACAAGGACGACGACGACGACGAGGAUGAGGAUGAGGAUGAGGAGGACGACGAGGGUGAGGAAGGCUGGAAGUAUGGGACAGGUUAUUGCUUCGACCCUCGUCAGCUGCCAUUCAGGUUCUCCUCCCUCAUCCCCCACCCAUACCUCUGGGCCCUCGACCGCGCAUGGGCGACCUCCCGCAAAGACACGCAUAAGCUCCAAGUCAACUUCAAGAAGCUUAUCCAAACGGCCAAGGGUGAGUUGCUCACUUGUGCGCUCGGCUGA